UUUGUUUAGGAAAUUCUACACGUGCGUAGAAAUUCCUGUUAACAUUUUGUUUUAAUUAAGUAUAGAGCAGUAAAAUACAACGAAAACGUAAUUAUUAGAGGUUUAAACAAUACGCCCAUUCGUCGCAUGAAACGCGGUUGUAAAUACAACAUGCAGUACCUAGUUGUAACGGAUUAUUACUUAACACCACGUAAACACUGCUGUAAAUAUAGCGCUAAUUAACUGUUAAAUGUCUAUAAUGGCCGUUUUGUUGUCUUUGCUGUUUUCUUCUGCUCAUCUCCCCACAUUUUCUCGGGUACAUUUCUGGAAACUCGCAGUUUACAGACGGAAAACAUGGCUGUCCUUGUAUGUCAACCGUUGUUGCACGUCGGAAACCUCUGUUUCAACUUCUGGUCAUCUCAUUUCUGGGAUUGACAAGUACAAAGACUUGCAGAAAUACUUUAUCAGGAAACUGAAGGCAGUAUACCACCGUUUCUCUGAUAUACCAGAUCACUCAGUGGUCUAUGGACAUCACCAUGUCUACUACACUGAAGAUGAUGGCAUCUACAGAAUGGACAAAAGACAGAUGGAUCAGAAGCCGGAGAAGGUGUUAAAUCUAGAACUGAUAUCUGGAGAGGAAGAGAAGACAAGUCUUGAGAAGAAGCAGAGAUUUCAGUGGCUAAUCCAGAGAAUUCGUCUGUCACCACAAGAACAGCAUCUCGCUGCUUCUAUGAAAUGUUGUCACAGAGGAGAGCUGAGGUUUGUGGUUGUGAGACUUGGAGAGGGAAAAUCCCUUCCUCUGGAUCCCCAACACAUUAUGUUCACACUGGACAAAGUCUUCAGCUUUGAGUGGGCCACAGAUGAAGUGCUGUUUUACACAACUCUGGAAGGCCUACGUUCUAGCACGGUGUUUCGUCUAGAUCUCGCCUCCAGUGGAAAGAAGAUCACUUCUGUGUAUGAAGAAACUCAGCCUGAUGUGUUUGUGGAAGUCGGUCUGUCCAGAGACCGACAGAUCCUGACAAUCAACUGCAACAGCAGAACCUGUUCAGAGGUGUUGCUAAGUGAUGUAGCAACAUCCCAAUUGGAGCCUUGUGUGGUUCAGCCUCGCCAGCUGGACCUACUCUACCAUGUGGAGCACUGGAGAAGGUGGCUAAUUAUACUAGCAAGUACAGGGCCAGGACAAGAAUAUCAGGUGGUGCAGGCCCCCCUUUCAGAGCCAUCCAUGGCCUCUUGGGUCUCUUUGUUUGCCCCUGGCCCUGGCACUGCAAUCAAAGACAUGGAUGUGGUUGGGGACCAUUGCGUGUUGGUUGCAAGAACACCAACCAGUGAACUUGUUCUGAUUGUGGUCCCACUGACCCAUCCCAAAGAAGCAUAUGUUUUACCGCUCCCCUGCUGGGCUUGUGCCAUUGAAACCAAGAAACCAGGCUUGGCUGACCAACAAAAUGUGUUAGAAUUCCUGGUAUCAUCUCCAGUCCACACACCGGUGCCAUACUGUCUGUACCCUGAGAAAGGAGUCCUUUUAUCAGGUACUGAAGAUGGGUCCUUCCCAGAGAGCCAAGCCAAGUUUAUCACCACGCACUUGGAGGCCUGCAGCCAAGAUGGCACCUUGGUGCCAGUGACUCUGUUUAAUGCAGGACCAAUGGAGCAUCUAAACAGGGUUCCUUUACUGGUUCAUGUUUAUGGAGCUUAUGGCAGAGAUCUCAGCAUGGUGUUCUGCCCUGAGAAAAGACUGCUGUUGGAGCAUGGCUGGGCCCUGGCCUAUUGUCACAUCAGAGGUGGAGGGGAGUGUGGCCUCUCUUGGCAGAGACAAGCCCGUGUGGAGGGAAAGCAGAGGUCGGUGGAGGAUCUCCAAGCUUGUCUCCAACACCUUUUCUCUAUAGGAGUCUCUUCUCCUUCACUAACUGCCGUUACAGCCUGCAGUGCUGGAGCUGUGCCAGUUGGAGCACUGUGCAACAGACGCCCAAACCUGAUGCAGGCUGUCACACUGCAGGCUCCUUUCCUGGAUGUUUUGGGAACCAUGGAGGAUCCCAGCCUGCCUCUGACAUUGGAGGACAGAGAUGAAUGGGGCGACCCAGUGGGAAAUCCAAAACACAGACGUAUCAUCUCUUCCUACUGUCCCCUUCACAACAUAACCCCACAGCGCUACCCAUCAAUGCUGCUGCAAGCUUACAGUGGUGAUCCCAGGGUUCCUCUGGCAGGUGUCCUAAAAUACACUGACCGUCUUAAGAAAGCUAUUUUUUCACACUUCAGCACGAAGCCAACAUCUGAAUAUAAACCAGAACCAAACAUAGUUCUGAAUGUCCAACGUGGAGAAAAUCACCUUGGACCAGAUCACUUUGAGCAGAUGGUGGAGGAGGAAGCCCUCAAGCUUGCAUUUCUAUACACAGAGCUAGACCUGGACCCUCCCCGACCGACACACAAGAGGAGGAGAUAGCAACAAAUGGAACCCAAUCCCCCCCAAACAUCAAUCAUUACAGCCAGAAAAG